AUUGGUUACUGUAGGAUGGCGCCGUCCUGUGUGAGUACAGAAGACUCGUCCAGGCCACAGCAGGACGUGUCUACGGAUCAAAGAGAAGCGGUACAAGUUCCAACAGUUCUGGGAAGACGAUGAAUCUCUUCUCUGUAGCAGCGCCAGAAGAAAGUACUGUGUGCGUGCUUUGUUCGUCCGCUUUUACUUCAACUAUUUUACAGAUUGAAUGAACACACAAUCAAGCGGGAUGAUACUUUCAUAGUCGGUGCGUUUAUCCCUCGUCCAGUCAAAAUAUGUUUACGACAAAAUAUUGCAGAACGCUAGUUUGCUUUUGGUUUUACGCAACGCUGUCUCGAGGGAGCGGAUUCCAACACUCGACGGUGUUGGAUCCGCACGGAAAGUACCAUCUGAAGUGGAGUUUUAACAGAGAAACGAUCUCCUUUGAAGUUGAAGUGGAAACCACCGGAUAUGUUGGAUUUGGUCUGUCUCCCAACGGCGCUAUGGCAUCGUCAGAUAUUGUAAUUGGUGGAGUCGUAGAUGGGACGCCUUACCUGCAGGACUACCAUGCAGACUCUAACAGGAAGGUGCACCUGGAUGAACUUCAGAGCUACAGGCUUGAGUCAGGCUGGGAGAACAGCACUCACACUAGGCUGGGGUUCAGUCGAGACCUGCUUACCUGUGACACCAAGGACAAGGACAUCACGGAGAGCACAGUGCGUGUGAUCUGGGCCUACCACAGUGAUGAUGUGGGCCCAUCAGGGCCAGUCUACCACGGACUCAACAGAGGCAGGAAGAGUUUACGCCUGCUCACCCCGGCAGCCACACACACCAGCACCACUGGUUCACAGUUCUUUGACCUGAAGAACAGACAGGUGGCAGUGCCAUCCCGAGACACUACCUACUGGUGCCAGAUGUUUCGGAUACCAGAAACACCCUCCAAACACCACAUAACCCAGGUGCAGCCCAUGAUUCAGCCAGGUCAUGAGAACCUGGUCCACCACAUCCUGUUGUAUCAGUGUGACAGCAAUCUGAGUGAGGAGGAGUUGGAGCAUGGUCAUGAGUGCUACCACCCCAACAUGCCAGACUCAUUCAACACCUGCCAGGCCAUCUUCUUUGCCUGGGCCAUCGGUGGAGAGGGAUUCACCUACCCUCCUCAUGUUGGCUUGUCCAUUGGCACAGCAACAGACCCAGUGUAUGUCCUGAUGGAGACUCACUAUGACAACCCCGGCCUCCUCUCAGGCUUGCAGGACAGCUCUGGCCUUCGAUUCUAUCACAGUGCAACCCUGAGAGAAUUUGAUGCUGGCGUCUUGGAGACAGGCAUGUGGGUCAGCCUCUACCACAUGCUGCCACCUGGCAUGGAGGACUACACUUCCCAGGGGCACUGCACCAACCAGUGUCUGCAAGAGGCCCUGGGUGAGGAGAUGCCCGGUGGCGUGCGUGUGUUUGCUGUGCUAAUGCAUGCCCAUCUGGCUGGCCGCGCCAUAACCACACGCCACUUCCGGGACAACCAGGAACUGCCUCCCCUGUCACAUGACGCAGAGUUUGACUUCAACUUCCAGGAGUUCCAGCUGUUGGAGGAGGAGACGCCCGUGCUGCCUACAGACAGUUUGAUCACAGAGUGCAAGUACAACACUGCAGGCCGUAGAAAUGUGACCUGGGGCGGCCUAAGCACCAGAGAGGAGAUGUGUCUAUCCUACCUGCUCUACUAUCCCAGAGUGAACCUGAGCCGGUGUGAGAGUCUGCCUCUGAUCAUGGGACAGCUGAACUUCAUAGGAGUUAGAGACAUCCAGCCGACCUGGCCAUUCCUGGUGAAGAGCCCCAAGAGGUACAGCAACAUGACCGUUACUGCUGCCUUGGAAACCUUCCGCUGGACCAGGAGGCGGGGACAAGCCUUCAACCAGCUGGUGCUGCAGCUGCCAAUCAACAUCCGCUGCUCCAAGCUGGGGAUGGAGAACUGGGGGAUCCAGGGGUCAGUGGUGACUCCUCCAGAAGUGCACUCUCUGGCUUCUCCUCCCAGCACCCCUUGCAGCACUGCAACUCCACCACAAGGGCGCGCAGUUUUGCACUCCACCCUUCUCCUUAUAUCUCUAGUGCUGCUGCAUCUGGCUCUCUGAACUGUGUGCCAGCGGUCUGGCCCUAAAAGCCAAAGGCCAAGUCACCAUGCACACAUCUGGGCAUGAUGAUAAAGGAGACCUUCAAGCUUUUACCACAACUAACCUCCAAUAAGAAGUUUGUUAAUUGAACACCACAAGUGUUCAUUUUAUUCGUUGAGUACCGUAUUUCUUCGAAUAAACGCCGCCCUCGAAUAAAUGCCGCCCUCGAAUAAACACCGCACCAAAAAUGAACGUUGUGUAAUAAACGCCGCCCUCCAAUAAACGCCGCACCAAAAAAAUCUAAAAACUGAUAUUUAAUUGUUUAAAUUUAACCCCAGUAUUUAUUACACAUGUACAUAACUUUCUGCACAGCUUUCUGUUUGAAAGCUAACGUGUAUGAACGUGUAGGCAUGCUGCUUCAGAUUUCUACACAAUGUAGAACACUUGUAUUUGAGACAGUUGUAUUACCAACGCACACCUAAUUGAUAGCCAAUGAGAAAGGGAGUUGCCGCACUCAUAGACAAACAAAGAAUAGACAAGGAGGUCAGCGGAAGUAGCCUAAAUGAAACCUGCGUUUUUAGCUGCAUGAUUCAUUUGUCACAAUGCCAGCAACGAAGUUGUCUAUGGCUGCACUGCAGCUACAAUUCAAGAAAUCUCUCUUACUAAUUAAACGCCGCCCUCGAAUAAACGCCGCACCAAAAAUGAACGUUAUUUAAUAAACGCUGCGGCGUUCAUUCGAAGAAAUACGGUAUUUACAUAGGUCCACUUUCAUGACUGGAGACCUAAAUAAACAGUCCUGCUGUUAAAUUCAUACUUUAAAGAUGAGCUGUGUAGUGUUACCCCCCCACAUCCUCCACCUUGGGGACCUCCCAAGGCUUCUGACACAAUGAAGCUCAAACAUGACCAGUCUUCAGCUGGAGUGAGAGUGUUACCUUUCAUUGGUGAAUGCUGAGUCAUGGCUGUUCAGAUGUAGCGCACAUUGUUCUAUACAAAAGGCAAAUGUUAAGUCAUUGCUAUAUAGUUGAAAUGUAUAUGAAAGCAGUGCUUUAUGGUUGUGAGAAGACUACUAAGGGGCGUUGUAACAGCAUGAAGGACAGAUUUUCAGAUAUGUGUGUUCUGAAAUGACCUGUGAAGAGACUAUAAUUACCCUACUUGGCUGGACAACACCAGAUCUGUGAGGACAGAGAGAUGUUAAAGUGUCCUCAUAUUUUCACAAUGUUUUCUAACAGUGUCUAAUAUAAAGAUGUUAUCAAACUGUGUCUAAUAUGAAGAUGUCAACUGUACCUGUAAUGCUUUGUAUGACCUAAACACAUAAUAAAUGUAUAUCUACGUACCACA